GGGGGGACACCGCCACACAGUUCGGCGAGGUGCAGCGUAGAGACACGUAGGAGACGCGGCGCGUAAGGGCUUUUUAGACCAGAAUCGAACCGCGGGUGUCGGAUCGGCUUCUCACCGCCGCGCUUUUUCGGCACGCGAGAAACGGCGUAAGCACGCACGCACGCACGCCAAGCGGGCCGCGUAACGCACGGCAGAAACGGCGGCGGCGGCAUACCUGUCCGCGCACUGUCCGGUGACCGACCGUGGUGGCUCGGCUGUGUCCGUCCGUCAUAUUAUAUUCCCGGCCCGAGAGAGAGAGCAAGGUUGCUGGCAACGUACUACGGUGGUGUUGCGACGCAACGAGGCGGCGGGGACGUGAUCGACGGUGUGCGCGUUACGGAGCGAAGCAAGAACGAGCGAUUGGGACCGACUGCCGGCCAUGGAGAAGCGGAUAGAACUCGAGAAGCGGGGAAGGAAACCCGGCGACAUCAAAGAACUUGUUCUUGAUAACUGCCGGAGUACGCAAAUUGUGGGUCUGACAAAUGAAUUCAGCGCCCUAGAGUCAUUAAGUCUCAUCAAUGUGGGUCUUACCAGUCUAAAAGGCUUCCCAACAUUGUCCAGUCUUAAAAAGCUGGAGUUGAGCGAUAAUCGAAUUUCGAGUGGUUUAAAUCUGCUCGACUCAAGCCCUAAAUUAACUCAUCUGAAUCUAAGCGGGAACAAGAUCAAGGAUCUUGACACACUACAGCCGCUGAAAGAAUUCAAGAAUCUGAAGAGCUUGGAUCUCUUCAACAAUGAAGUGACAAAUAUGGAUAAUUAUAGGGAGAAAGUCUUCAAUCUUAUUCCCAGUCUGCGAUAUCUUGAUGGAUAUGAUGCUGACGAUUGUGAGGUCGAUGAAGUCGAGGAAAGCGAAGGGGAGGAUGACGAUGUUAAUGGAAAUGAGGACGGGGAUGGAGAGGGCAAUGAUGAUGAUAGCGAAGAAGUUUCAGAUGAAGAUGAGGAUGAUUUCUUAGAUGAUGAUCCAGGAUUAGAUGCUGUCUACAAGGAUAAGAUCGGAGAGAGCGACGAUGAGGAUUACAUGGGCGAGGAGGAAGAGGAGGAUGAUGAUGAAGAUAAUGAGGAUGAAGAGCAAGACGAAGAAGAAGAAGAGUCUCCCGUUCGAGGAAAAAGAAGAAAAAUUGAUGACGGAGGGCCAGAUGGAGGCGAGAAUCAGAUCGCUUAAGACGGAAUGCAGGUCUCUGAUACUGUUGAAUGAGUGUAAAAUUCAUAUAAAUAAUAACAAUAAUUGCGACGCCGAGUGAACAGCUGGGAAUCAAAUUAAAAUGACCGACCAAUGACAGACUACAGUUAGUGAUGUGAAUUUAUCAGUAAAUCAUUGACUGCAUGGAAAAUUGUCUAUGUAACAACAAAAGAUUUACCCUAAGGUAAAAGGCGGGGGUAUUGGGAGAUGCGAAGAGAAAAGGCGGCGAGGUAGGGGGGCGGGGGAGAAAACGGAUAAUGAUGGCAUAAAAAAAAAAUAGGGCUGCAUUCCAGCUGGACACAGCACAGUUUUAGUUAUACUAACGAUAUUUUAUAUAGAGUAUAUAAAUUAGAGUAUUAGUGGUGUUGUGUAGAAUGGACGCGGGAAGAUCGGCUAUUAAAUAAUGCGAGGUAAGAAAGCGUAAGGGGGGAAAGGGGGUGGGAAGGGGGGGGCGAGAGUGAGAGUGAGAAAGGGAGAGGAAGAUUGUGCGUAUAUGUGUGUUUGCGCGCGAAAGAGACAGAAAUAGAACAGGAGGUAGUGGAGUUUUACACGUGAAGGAGCAUCUUGUCUGUUAGCUCCAGUCGGCCAAAGGCUGGUCACGCUGGAAUGCGGUCAUCGUUAAUCAGUACUAAGGUUACAUAAGUUACAUUUUAAAUACAUUAUUAUUGUACCGUGAAUAAGUAUAGAGUAAAUGAGGAACAACUUUUGUACAGGUUUACACCAAACAUCGAGGUGCAUUAUAUGCCUCUGUGAUUUUUGGGACAGAAAAUAAAGAAAGAGAAAUAAUAAUACGUUACGCUCGUAUACGCGAGCGUCUGUAUCCGACAAGGAUGAGAUAGGAAUUGGGGGCGAGAGAGAGAGAGAGAGCGAGCACAGUAAAACAAAAAACGGGACUUUCGCUAUAAACGAUAGCGAAUACGCGCAUACUUUUUCGCGAUCAAGAUCUCCAUACUACGGUAAUCUUACGAUCCGGCAACGUAACAGCAAAAAACGAUCGGUUCAGCGGAUAGAAAAUAAUAUAAUAUUCACUGUUGUUUUCAAUCACGCGUGAUUCCGACGGCAGCGGGAAAAGUUGAACAGUUUAUAUCCAAAAUACAAAAUUCUCCAAUACACCUCGAUCGACGUGUCGACCGUUACGCGUGAACGCGGACAUGGUGUUAUCCUAACUUGGACUUUUUUCUAGUAAGCUUUAAGUUCCAGAUGUUCUAUGUACACAACGGCAAUUACGUAUGGCUGUUAGGAUUAUUGUUAUUUACCCUCGGGCAUUGCGUAAAUGUUGUGCUCUAAUAUAACAAAAGAAUCAAUUUGAUUAUUACUACAAUUUAUGAUGAUCUACUUUUGAUGGUAAUUGUACAGUUAUAUAAUUCAAUUCUUUUUUUUUUCCUUUUUUAUAUGUAUAUAGGGCAUCACAGAGCUAUCGUAUUUUCUUUCACACUUAUGUAUAAUAGGAAACUACUUAACAAAAAUCGAAAGAGAAACAAUAAAUGUCAAAAAAAUAUCUUUGUUUUCUUCAUUUAAAUUUCUUUACUGCAAGUUUAAUUUUUAAUUAUCAAAAUGUACGAUAUUGAGGUUUGAAAAUUUGCCAUAAAUUUGUAAUGAAUUAUUUUUGCAAGAAGAAGAAAAGGGGUGACUCGUUAUAAAUGAUUUGUAACUGGAAGGAGAUACGAUAAUUCUAGGUAUCCUGUGUAUGCCAAAGCAUUCUGUUGAUUGAUGAUGGGAUUCUUGUAUAACAUUAUGUAACUGCAGCAGGUCUCAGUCUUUGGAACGAAUUACUACGGAAACAAAAGUCAACAUCGUGUGCGUCUAGCGAUCAACCUUUAAUUUCUGUCUCUGAAGUUACCAUUGCGCUGAUACAUUUCGUGAUGAAUAAUGAAGUGCGAAGAUGAUAAGUAAUGGAGAUUCAUCAAUAUUAUGAUUAAGGAUAAAUUUACGAGUAUGAUUUUAAGAAAUAAAAUAUUUACACUUGCGCUUUCGCACUUUUGAAUUGUACUAAAGUCAGAAACGCAAAAUUAGACUUAGAAUGAGAACAAAAGGAAAUGCGAAAAGAGAGAGAGAGAGAAAGAGAGAGAGAGAGAGACACUUAACGAAACAGGCGCAAGAUAAAAAGGACUCGCAGGAUGGAUCAGACGAUGUAGUUAAUGGUGAGACUGUGACGAGUAGAGACUGGACCGGGAUAACCAAUUAACUACGUAAUCGUGUGAGAAUGGAUGGAAGUGUGAUGGCGAAUGAGAGUUGGUAAGAGAAGAUUGAUUUUAUAAGAAAAAAGAAGAAUAAAAAAAAUAAUAAUUACGGUAGAGUCGAGGACCUGGCGCCUCCUUGUCGCCAGUUUGGUUAUGGCCUUAUCCAAUUUUUCCAAGACUAAAAAAGCAAAUUUAUAUUAGGUACAAUGAGUAUAUGAACGUGUACAGGUCCAAAUCUGUAAAUUUCUGAUCUACGGCAAUUUGUAAUUGCGGCUCGCGCGGAAGCGUAUUAAGAGUUAAAUUAUAAAUAAUUAAGAAUUUAAAUUAUAAAUAAUUAAAGACACAUUUCGCGCGCCCCGCGACAUACACACAUGUAAUACACUUUUGUCAAUUGCGAUUUUGGAUAGACCAUUUAAGUAAGGGGAAAAAAAAAAGAGAGAAAAGGAAAUUUGUCUAUCACCCUCUAUUAUCACAUAUAUUACAUCUGUGUAUUGUCUGUCUGUUCCGUUGUUAAAGUGGAUUUUUAUCAUAACGUUUGUUUAUUUCGAGCAAUCCUCAUCACACAAAAUAAGAAAAGAUAAUUUAUUAAUAAAACCAUUUACAAAU